UUUUACUUCUACUUUCAACAGAGACGGUAGCUCGGAACUGGUUCUCUUGUUUUUUUGCACCUUUAUCAUCUUAAAAACAGUGCUCAUACUACCGCUCUUUACUAAUUCUCACAAAAGCUCACGGGUCAGGCAAUCAAUAGUAGGCUAGAAAAAAAACACAGCCUCCCUUGUUCAAACGGUACAAGCUCAAUAGUAAUACGGCGUAGUAGUAUUUAAAUUUGCAUACACGAGCGUGCAAUCUCCCGGUGCUUACAAACAGGGGAAACAAGAUAAAAAGUGCAACAAUAAUAAGUCAGCAAGGUUCAUCCUCAUCAUCGUAUGUGUCGAAUGCAAUUUAAUUAAACUGCAUUCAUCUCCCCAUAAGAGCGAAGAAGAACCGAUUUGAAUAAAAUAAUUGGGAAAAUCCGAACAAUAAGUGAGUGAAACCGUGAUUGUGUUUACUGUGGGUAUCGCAGUAGGCGUGUUUAUCGUGUACUAUCGGUUUCCAUUCGGCUAGUGAAAAGGAGCCAUAGAGUGGUUAUUGAUCUUCUAACAAAAGCGUAAAACAGAGCCCAGGGUAGCAACAUUAAAAAAUGUCAGCUGACGCAGAGCUCUUCUCGGUCCUGAACCGUCGUCAGCAAAUCAACACCGCUCUGGAAAAUGGAGAAGAGGUGAAACACACUUAUCGUGUCGUCAACGUCUACACCGAGUUCCACGAGUUCUCGCGGAAGGAAAUUAAGGACUAUCAGGCGACGUUCUCCAAAUAUGACGUCGGCAAUGAUGGCUACCUGGAUCUAACCGAGCUGAAGAUGAUGAUGGAGAAACUGGGUGCCCCACAGACCCACCUUGGCCUGAAGGGAAUGAUCGCAGAAGUCGAUGAAGAUAACGACGGCAAGAUUUCCUUCCGAGAGUUCCUCCUCAUUUACAGAAAAGCACGUGCCGGCGAGCUGGAGUCCGACUCCGGGCUUGGCCAGUUGGCUCGCCUCACCGAGAUCAACGUCGACGAGGUCGGCGUGAAUGGGGCGAAGAACUUCUUCGAGGCCAAAAUCGAGCAGCAAUUGAUGACGAAUAAAUUCCACGACGAAAUCAGGCAAGAGCAAGAGGAAAAACGCCAAAUGGAGGAGGAACGGGUUAUCCGACGGCAGCAGUUCCAACAGCGAGCUGCCGUUUUCCAGUAGAAGGGGAACCACAAAAUGCCAAAGUGUGUGCGUUCAUAUUGCUUCUUUCGCUAAUUAGGAAUUCAUCCAACGUGAAAUAACGUGGACGCUUGUUUCAGUAUAAAUAUUUGUAAAUCUGUAAAUGUCAUAGUUUUUAACGCCCUAGAUUACGAUGUCUUUUAGAUGGAAAGAUGUGUCAUUUUAUUUUAAUGAUGUUUUAAUCAACACUUCGGUUCAAACAGUUUGCUACAAAGAAGAAAUAAUCAAAAAACGGUUAUCAUGUUCUCAAAGAAAAUCAAUGUGAUAGAGAAGGAAUCAAAGGAAAUGGAAGUGAAAGAAGCCUUACGCAAAGAAAAGUAGUUAGUUAGAGGAAGGGAACAAAAAUGGCCAUAUGAGCGCUUCUGCUCGAUAGAACCGCUGUUACAAAACACAAAGUAUCUCUUUGGAAUUCCACUAUUUUAUCUUACUUUUAAGUUUAAAAUUAUUUGAUUUCACUUGCUUGCAACCACUCAAAAACUUGCUUCGUCCAUUUUAAAAACGAGUUUAAAAAAAACUAGCAUAUCUAAUCUUACAGUUGCACGUAUUACAAGAGAGGACAAGUGAGCAACAUACUCAACCUAAAAAAGGGAUAUAUUUUUGAUAUCGAAGGAUUUGCAAUGCAAGAGAGUGGAAUAGGACUAUUAACAGUUGUAGGUGUGCCAGCGAUGUAGAUGUGAGCGUGUUUUGCUAGUGAACCGAAGGGAACCAUUUAUAGGUGUGAGUAAGGUAAAUGUGUAUUAAGCUUAGGAAACAGAAAAAAAUCUGUAGCGUUUAAGUUGUUUUAUCGAAAAGUAUGUAGCCGUGGCAUAAUUGUACCGCAAAGUUACAAAUAAAUGUUCGUUUCAUAAAUUGCACUUAUAAUGGAAAUGA